AUGCAGAGUCGCAAAGAUUUCCCAAAGAUCCCGUCUUGGAAUCGGCCACCUGCUACGCAUGUCAAGGAGAAGACUCCACUGUUCAUUGGCUUUACGCGAACUUGGCCCAUGCUCCAACAAGUCGUCCUCUCCUACAUAACCGCCGGCUGGCCACCAGAAGACAUCUACGUCGUCGAGAAUACCGGCACACUCCACUCGAACAAGAAUGGCCUCCUCUCCCUGCAAAACCCGUUCUUCCUAAACCAUACGCGCCUCGACCUUUUCGGCGUCAACGUCCUCAUCACACCCACCCUCCUGACCUUCUCCCAGCUGCAAACAUACUACCUCUUCACCGCCCUCGAGAACGGCUGGGACUACUUCUUCUGGUCGCACAUGGACGUCAUCAUCACCACCGACGAGAACACCAAAGGGUCCUUCUACUCGCGUGUCGUAGACCACCUGCGCGAGACACUAUCAAAGGAAUGGCUCGGCGACCAAAAGGACUGGGCGAUCCGCUUCUACGCCUACGACUGGCUAGCAUUAAAUCAUGUGCAGGCGUUCAUUGAUCUAGGGGGCUGGGACACGUUCAUCAGUUACUACACCGCGGACUGCGACAUGCAUGAAAGGAUCAAGAUGUCGAACAUCAAGCUCGCGACCGCCGACGCCGGCAACGUAAGCGACGUGGGCAACUCGAUCAACACCUCGCUCUUAUUCCGGAAGAAAAUCGACCCGAAUUUCCCGCCAAAGACGGCUGCGGAACUCGAUGCGCUGGACGAGGAUGAGCGGGCCGGGAAAGGGUAUGACAGGAUGUUGAAGGAGAUCUUGGCUGCGGUGGAAGAGAAGAAGAGUCCGAAGCAUGAGCGGAAUUCGUGGCAGGGGCAGCAGACAGGGGGCAAGGGAGACCCGUUUUAUAGGGAGCCGCAUGGGUUUGCGGAGAAUCUAGAGAGGGUCGUGCAGUGUGGGAUUCAGAGCUAUGAGAGUAAGUGGGGUGGGCAUAAGGGGUGUGGAUUGCAGGGGUUUAACACGGAGGAUGCGUGGAUGAUUGAGAGCACGACGAUUCCGCCGACGUAA